AUGUUUGCCCAAACCUCUUCAAAAUCCAACUCUACUUCCUCUGUUCCUGCUAAAAGACAACGAUCGUACUCUCAAGAGUCGAUUAAUAUCUCUACAGAAAGCUCCAAAUCUUCUAAUGACUGUUUUAUGGAUAUCGACUCUGGUAAUCGUUCUCUUGGCGAGUUUCAUAUCGCAUUGUGUAAUCUUGGUGAAGAGACUGAUGAAGAUGAUGAUGAUAUUGAUAUUCUUCUGGAUCCAUCUCAACUUGAUGUGGAAAGUCAAUUUGUCUAUGAAAUUAUAUCUUUUGUUCCAACUAUACCUGUGACAAAGUUUGCUUUAUUACUCUCAGUAAAAAGCAUUCAGAUUUUGAAUUUUUGCUUAUGGCACGUUGCGAGUGUCUUUAAACUUCUGGAUGGUCCAAAUAAUGGAUUGAGCCAUGAUCUUGGGGAGAGUAUGGUUGUUAGAGAUUGGACAGAAAUCUAUUCAAAAUCAUAA